AACAAGCGAAUGAGAGGAGAGAGGCUCGCGAGCAGCGCCGCGCACCGUUAAUACUGGACCGUACUUGAACGGGAGUUUGCGGUUUGGCAGGUUUAUACACAUCAAAACAGAACAAAGAGCGAGGCUCCGCGGCGCUAUAAAGGACGCGAGAGAAAAGAAUAAAGCGAGGCAGAGAAUCUCGGCGAGCCGAAUUACAAAAGAGGCGAGGACGCUCCGCUAAUGGUUUUCUCAUCCAGAGGGGAACAUAAACCGGGACUUUGUACACUGUGGACAUUUUUUCGCAGGGCUUUUUUUUUUUUUUCUUCUUUUCUUUUCUUUUUGUUGUUGGUUUUCUCGCGACCUCCAAAAGUUUGUUUGGGACAACUCUUCUCCUUCCUCCCCCCCCCCUCCCCUUGUAUAUUUGAAUUUUUAAUUUUCAUCCCCGGUGUGAAACUUUCCAAACGGGACUGCACAUGGUUUCAAAGGGCUUUUGAAACCAACCUGGAUCCCUUUUUCUGGGUUACUCCGUCCACAUCCAAGCAGAAGUGUUUGAACUAGAAAUGUUGUAAAUACAUACGGAUUUUAUUCCUGUUUUCCUGCCGCCCUUGAAGCUUUUUUUCUGGGGGGAGGUGGCGUUUUGUUUUUACGCACGUCGAUGGUAUUUGCCACAAAAACUACUCAUACUUUUUUAAAGUUUGAAUUAUUCAUGAGAUACAAUUUGCCCGCUCGAAAGAAGUGACUGUAGAAAGGGAGAGAGUGGGGGGGGGUCAUACACAAACAUAUUCAUAAGGGUUGACGGAAUGGCCACCGCGGCGUCCAAUCCUUAUCUGGCCAGCAAUAGCAUCUUGUCGUCCGGCUCCAUCGUGCACUCUGACUCGGGAGGCGGUGGCAUGCAGCCGGGCAGUGCUGCGGUUACCUCUGGGUCGGGGGUCUACAGGGGGGACCCCUCGGUCAAGAUGGUGCAGAGUGACUUUAUGCAAGGCGCGAUGGCAGCGAGCAACGGCGGACACAUGCUGAGCCAUGCCCACCAGUGGGUGACGUCCCUGCCGCACGCCGCGGCGGCGGCAGCAGCGGCCGCGGUCGCCGCAGCUGAGGCCGGGUCGCCCUGGUCGUCGAGUCCCGUCGGGAUGACGGGCAGCCCGCAGCAGCAGGACGUGAAGAACUCCGGCAGGGACGACCUGCACACGGGCACCGCGCUGCACCACAGGCCCCCUCACUUAGCUCCCCACCAGACUCACGCCGGCGCAUGGGGGAGCACGACUGCGGCGCACAUUAACUCCAUAUCCGGGGGGCAGCAGCAGCAGCAGCAGUCGCUGAUCUACUCGCAACCGGGGGGCUUCACUGUGAACGGGAUGCUGAGUCCCGGGAGCCAGAGCCUGGUGCACCCGGGCUUGGUGCGCGGGGACACCCCGGACCUGGACCACGGCAGCCACCACCAUCACCACCACCACCAGCACCCGCAUCACCAGCACCACGGCGGCGUCAACAGCCACGACGCGCACUCGGACGACGACACGCCGACCUCGGACGACCUGGAGCAGUUCGCCAAGCAGUUCAAGCAGCGGCGGAUCAAGCUGGGCUUCACGCAGGCGGACGUGGGCUUGGCGCUGGGCACGCUGUACGGCAACGUCUUCUCGCAGACGACCAUCUGCAGAUUCGAGGCGCUGCAGCUCAGCUUCAAGAACAUGUGCAAGCUCAAGCCUUUGUUGAACAAGUGGCUGGAGGAGGCCGACUCGUCCACCGGCAGCCCCACCAGCAUCGACAAGAUCGCGGCGCAGGGGCGCAAGCGGAAGAAGCGCACGUCCAUCGAGGUGAGCGUCAAGGGGGCCCUGGAGAGCCACUUCCUCAAGUGCCCCAAGCCCUCGGCGCAGGAGAUCACCGGCCUGGCGGACAACUUGCAGCUGGAGAAAGAGGUGGUCAGAGUGUGGUUUUGCAAUAGGAGGCAGAAGGAAAAGCGGAUGACGCCCCCGGGAGUGGCGCAGACGCCGGAGGAUGUGUACUCGCAGGUCGGCAAUGGGCAUUUUUUAGUAGAUUACUUAAAAGAUGCAAGUGAGGCGAGCGACCAGAGGGUGACAACCACAAGUUCAUUCCACCAGGUAAUUUUGGCGCAUUAAAACACACCAAGAGGAAAAAACCCAAGUAUUGGUAUUUUUUUUUUUUGUAUUAUUCUUUUUCUGUCCCCCCCUCCUCCAAGAAAUUCCCUCCCCAUUACCCUGUGUUUGAAGAAACAAAGGAGCAGGCAUUUUGUAUAUUUAGAAAUGGGACUAAACCGCCCCCCCUCCCUCCUCCUCCUCCUCUUCUUCGUGCCCAACAAUAACAGAGGAUAAAAAAACUGCAACAACACGAAGAAGAGUGACAUCCACGAAGCUUCCAUCAUGAUUUACAGCAAUUUUUGUUCCCUGUCUGAGGUGGAUUGCUUGGGUUCAUUUACACACACACACACACACACACACACACACACACACACUCUCACACACACACAUACACACGGAGGAUUUGGGAUUUUUUAUUUUAUUUUUUCCAGUUCAAGGCUCCUCGUGAAAAGAAAAGACAACCAGGACCAGGACUGUCCCCGCCUGAUCUCAAAGAUCACCCUCUCUCUUUUUUUCCACGUGGGUUUUUUAAUAAUUAUUAUUAUUUAAUGGACUUUGACACCGUGAGUGGAUUUUUUUCCUCCUUUUUUUUUUUGCAACAAAUAGAGCAUAAGACAUUUGAAAAAGACUUCAGCUGCACUUAUUUGAGAGAAAGAGAGCGAGAGAGAGAGGAAAAAAAACAAUUCUGAAAAUCUGUUGCCAAGUGCGUGACUGAGUGGAUGCUGUGGAUAUAAUAUUAAUGCUGCCCUUUCUAAAGCAGCGCUCUUUGGUAGGUUUUAAUAAACAAAAAAAAACUCUGUAAAGCCGGCAAUAGAGAUCACUAGAUCAGAUACUGAUCUGAGUUUAUUUACUUUAUAUUUUUCAUCAGAAUGACUUGUUUUAAUAUUUUAUUCGGAAUACAUAUGAAUUAUUCCAAACGGUAAUUUAUUUUCCCCCGCCCCCCCCCCCACCCUGAGGAACUUGUGUAAGAUGCUUUCCCCCUUUUUUCUUGUUUUAAUUUUUUCUUUCUUAUAUAUAAAUCUAUUUUUCGUUGUUGCCCUUAUUUUGUUUAAUAAUUUUUUUGUAUUAUCGUUUCUAAAGGAGCACAAAUCACCAUGACGCUGACAGUGACCGUUGUUAUAGGUAAUAAGGGUAUAUUUUGAUGUGAUCAUUUUUUGAUUGUAAUUUAAUUUUCAGUAGUGGUUCCGUGCGAGCUGAUUGAGACACAAUAAAUUUGUUAGAAUGAAACGCAAA